UAUCGAUUACAUAAUGAACCCUAUGUCUUCAAAAUCACCGGUGGCUGUGACAAGCAAGGAUUCCCAAUGAAGCAAGGAGUGUUGACCCCUGGUCGUGUUCGUCUUUUGCUUCACAGAGGAACUCCUUGCUUCCAUGGAUAUGGAAGGCGCAAUGGAGAGCGUAGGAGAAAGUCUGUUCGCGGGUGCAUUGUUAGCCCUGAUCUCUCAGUUUUGAACUUGGUGAUUGUGUUAGAAGCUUUCUCAUGUCACAUUUGAACAUUUCUUGUUAUCAUUAGUGUUGAAUUCUAAUUUUGUUCUUUAUUCUAUUUGUGAUGAUCUUGCUGACAUUGAUG